GAGCUUUUGAGGCCCAAUUCACCAGUCAUCAGUGGCACCUCUCUCUCUCUCUCGCUGCCUGCGAUUGAGGCACUUCUUCUCUGAAACCUUCGCAUUGUGAUGGCGUCGAAGGGUAAGGGGAUCGCCGCCGGAGGCGGAUUCUCCGGCGGGAAGCGUAAGCACGAUGACAAGUCCGGUGGUGGCCGGAAGAGGAACAACCCCGGCGUCCUUAGAUUCUUCGAAGACGUCGCUGACGAAGCCGACGACGGCGACGAGAGUGACUUCGAUGACGAUUUUAUGGAAGAAGAAUUUGAAACAGAACCUGUAGCCCAGAAUGACCCAGGGAAAGCACAUAACCUUCCAUUUGUUCCUAAAGAGGAGGAUCUGGAUGGUGAAGAAUUUGAAAAAAUGAUGGAAGAACGAUACAGGAGUGGCUCCAGCUAUGUAACCUAUGCUGAAGAUAAUUAUGAGAACAAAAGGUCUGUUGAUGGAAAUGUUCUGCCUACUGUUAAGGAUCCAAUCAUCUGGAAAGUGAAAUGCAUGGUCGGCCGGGAGAGGCAUUCAGCUUUCUGUAUGAUGCAGAAGUUUGUUGACUUCCGAUCGCUAGGUACCAAACUACAGAUUGUUUCUGCAUUUGCUGUUGAGCACAUCAAGGGUUUUGUUUUCAUUGAAGCUGACAAGCAAUCUGAUAUUAAUGAGGCAUGUAAAGGAAUUUGUAGUAUAUACCCGUCCCGAGUAAUGCCAGUUCCAAAUAACGAAGUUUCUCAUUUGCUGUCUCCUCGGACUAAAUCCAAUGGAAUUACUGCGGGCAUGUGGGCCCGUGUGAAGAAUGGGAACUACAAGGGUGAUUUGGCACAGGUUGUAUUUGUGAACGAUUUACGAAAAAGAGCGACUGUAAAGCUGAUCCCCAGAAUUGAUCUUCAAGCAAUGGCUGCAAAAUUUGGUGGAGGAGGUACUAGAAAGAAAAGGCCUGCUGCUGCCCCAAGAUUGAUCAGCUCAAACGAACUCGAGGAGUUCCGCCCUCUCAUCCAGUACAGGACUGAUCGUGAAAGUGGCAUGAAGUUUGAAUUUCUUGAUGGUCUGAUGUUCAAGGAUGGAUAUGUAUACAAAAAAGUAUCAAUAGAUUCAUUAAGCUUCUGGGGUGUUAUGCCAUCAGAAGAAGAGCUACUGAAAUUCACUCCUUCUGAGAACACCAAAAAUGAGGACGAGGACUGGCUUACAGAGCUUUAUGGUACAACAGAAAAGAAAAGGCGGAUUAUCAAAAUUGAAGAAGGCGGUGGUAAAGGAGAUGGUUCAUCAGGUUCUGUGGGGAAAGGAGAGGGUUCAUCAGGGUCUAUGGGGAAAGGAGAGGGCACAUCAGGGUCUAUGGGGAAAGGAGAGGGCACAUCAGGGUCUAUGGGGAAAGGAGAGGGGUCAUCAGGAUCUAUGGGGAAAGGAGAGGGUUCAUCACAGACUAUGGGGAAAGGAGAGGGUUCAUCUGGGUCUAAGGGAAAAGGAGAGGGUUCAUCAGGUUCUAUGGGAAAGGCUGAGGACUCAUCAGCGUCUAUGGGGAAAGGAAAGGGUUCUUCAGUGUCCAGUGGGAAUGGCUUUGAACUGUAUGAUCUUGUUUGUUUUGGCCGGAAAGAUUUUGGUCUUGUAAUAGGCAUGGAGAAAGAUGAUAGCUACAAGAUUCUGAAAGAGGGGGUGGAAGGACCUAUUGUGCUGAUGGUUCAGAAGCGUGAGUUAAAGAAUGUUCUUUCUGAUAUGAAAUUUACGGCAUUAGAUCGGCACAUGAAGGCCAUAUGCGUUAGUGAUACUGUCAAAGUGUUGGAAGGACCUUUGGAGGGUAGGCAGGGUAUUGUUAAGCAAAUCUAUAGAGGCACCAUAUUCUUGUAUGAUGAGAACGAGACAGAAAAUGGUGGUUAUUUUUGCUCAAAAUCCCAAAUGUGUGAGAAAGUUAAGCUUUACAUUGAUUCUUGCAAAGAAAAGGAUGGGGAUUCAGGUGCUCUGGGUUUUGGAGAUUUCAUGUCAUCUCCUAAAUCCCCGCUUUCGCCAAAAAAGCCAUGGCAAGAAAGGGAUAGUAACUUCAGUCAGGGUGAUAAAGAUGGAAUGUUCUCAAUUGGUCAAACUGUAAGAAUCCGUGUGGGUCCAUUGAAGGGAUACCUCUGUCGCAUCUUGGCUAUACGCCGCGCUGAUAUUACUGUUAAGCUUGAUUCUCAGCAAAAGGUUCUUACAGUUACAAAAGAGCAUAUUUCUGAAGUUCGUGGAAAGAGCUCUAAUGUGCUGAUUGGUGAGGACCCGGAGUCCAGUUUAAAACCAUUUGAUUUGCUCGGAACUGAAGGAGGCUCAAAUGACUGGACAAAUGGAGCUGGGGCAUCUGCUGGGGGUGAUGGGUGGAAUGCUGGAGGGGCAUCAGCCGGGGGUGGUGGGUGGAAUGCUGGAGGAGCAUCUGGUGAAAGUAACUCUUGGGCUAGUGCAAAUCUUGUUAAAAAAGAUGAUGAUACUUCUUGGGGGAGCAAAGCGGCUCCAAGUACAGCUUCAUCCUGGGGUGCAGCAGCAGCACCAACAGCGGAUAACAAUGAUCAAGGUGCUGGCUGGGGAAAAAGUGAUGCUUGGGGAAAAUCAAGUUCUAAAACUGAGGGUGAUAGUAGUGCACCAGAUAACAGUGAUCAAGGUGCUAGCUGGGGAAAAAGCAGCACUUGGGGAAAAUCAAGUGCUAAAGCUGGGGGUGACAGUAGUGCACCAGAUAACAAUGAUCAAGGUGCUGGCUGGGGAAAAAGCGAUACUUGGGGAAAAUCAAGUGCUAAAACUGGGGGUGGCAGCAGUGCACCAGCAGAUAACAAUGAUCAAGGCGUUGGUUGGGGAAAAAGCGACUCUUGGGGGAAAUCAAGUGCUAAAACUGGGGGUGACAGCGGUGCCCCAGAUAGCAAUGACCAAGGUGCUGGCUGGGGAAAAAGUGACUCUUGGGGGCAGAAGGCUGAACCUGCUGGGACGGGUCAACUGGAUUCAUGGGGCAAAGGUAAAAAUGUUGUUGAUGCGGGUGCAUGGGGAAAGAAGUCUGAUGCACCAUCUGGUGAUAUUUCAAGCCCUGGGUGGGCUCAACAGAAAUCUUGGGACAAAGGAAAUGCAGUCGGUAGUGAUGGGCCUGCUUGGGGUAAGCCUCAGAAUAAAGCCACAGGGAACUGGAGCAGUAAAGAUGAACCAACUGUUGGCGAUGCAGGGUGGAAAAGCUCAACGCCUGCUGAAAAUGUUCAGACUGGAAGCUGGGGUAAGGCAGGUGGUGGUUCAACCGAGAGUAAACAAGAUGGCAGUUCUUCUUGGGGUAAGCCAGCUGGAGAUUCUUCAUGGGGUAAACAAACUGGAGGGUCUUCAUGGGGUAAACAAGCUGAUGCAACCGCUGCUGGAGUGGGGAACAAUGGAGGCAAGUGGGGCAAAGGAUCUACUGCCAAUGAACAACAAAGUGGUGGAGGGGGAGAUCAAUCAUCAGGCUGGGGUCAAACUAAAGCUUGGCAAGGUGGGUCAAGUGGCGGAGGGGGAGAUCAGGUUUCUAAAUGGGGCCAGAAGGGCAAUUGGAACUCAGGAUCUAGUGAGACUGGUGGCAGUCAAGAAUCUGGUUGGGGUAAGAAAAGCGAUGGGAACAUCAGAUCUGCUUCCUCAGGUGGGAACCAGGAUUCUACUUGGGGCAAGAUAAUCAACUCGAACUCUGGAUCUGACGACACUGGAGGAAAUCUUGAUUCUAGUCGGGGGAAGAAGAGUACUUGGAAUUCUCAAUCUAGUGAGACUGGUGGCAAUCAAGAGUCCAGUUGGGGGAAGAAAAGUGAUUGGAAAUCUGGAUCUGAUGACACCGGUGGGAACCAGGAUUCAACUUGGGGCAAAAAAAGUAGUUGGAACUCAGGCUCUGGUGAUGCAGAUCAGAAAUCUGGUUGGGGCAGUAAAAGCAGUUGGAAUUCAACAGAUGGUGGGAAUGGAGACCAGCCUGAGGAUUCAAGUGGUGGGAAUUGGAGAGGUGGACGUGGUUUUGGAGGUAGAGGCGGUGAUAGAGAUGGUGACAGAGGAGGUUUUGGAGAUGGUGGGCGUAGAGGGGGUUUUGGGGGUAGAGGUGGAGGCGGGAGCAGUGGUGCUUGCUUCAAAUGUGGUGAAUCUGGGCACAUGUCGAGGGAGUGCCCCCAGGGUGGUGGAGGUGGUAAAGGUGGUGCUUGCUUCAAGUGUGGUGAGUCCGGGCACAUGUCGCGGGAGUGCCCUCAGGGCGGUGGAGGCGGUAAAGGUGGUGCUUGCUUCAAGUGUGGUGAGUCUGGACACAUGUCGAGGGAGUGCCCACAGGGUGGUGGAGGUGGUAAAGGUGGUGCUUGCUUCAAGUGUGGUGAGUCCGGGCACAUGUCAAGGGAGUGCCCCAAGGGCGGCGGCGGCGGCAGUAAAGGUGGUGCUUGCUUCAAGUGUGGUGAGUCCGGGCACAUGUCAAGGGAGUGCCCCCAGGGCGGUGGAGGCGGUGGAGGCGGUGCUUGCUACAAGUGUGGUGAGUCUGGGCACAUGGCGAGGGACUGCUCCCAGGGCGGUGGAAGCUAUGGUGGUGGCAGCCGUAGCGGUGGAGGCGGCGGUGGUGGUGCUUGCUUCAAGUGUGGCGAGUCUGGGCAUAUGGCAAGGGAGUGCCCCCAAGGCGGUGGAGGCGGUAGCAGUGGUGCUUGCUACAAGUGUGGUGAGUCAGGGCACAUGGCGAGGGACUGCUCCCAGGGCGGUGGAGGCUAUGGUGGUGGUGGCCGUGGCAGUGGCGGAGGUGGUGGCCGUGGCAGUGGUGGAGGCGGUGGCUGCUACAAGUGCGGACAGUCUGGCCAUUUCGCAAGGGAGUGCCCGAACAGUGGUUAAACCAGCAACUUCACCCUUACUGUCCUCUCCUACUGCUGGUCUGUUAGUUUUUGCUUAAUUUAGUCUGGUCUUUCUAUGAAUCAAACAGUACUCUUUUAAGAAUCUUGGAUGUUGGUUUUGUGGGUCAUCUCUGUUGCUUCCAAUCUGUCGAAACAUGAAUCGAUGACGAUGUCUUUUGAUGAUUUAAUUUCACUUUUCUUUUCUUCUUAUUUUUAAGUUAUUAGUGAGGAUUUAGUAUUUUGGCAGAAAAAUGUGAAUCUCUGCUCCUCAUUGAAAAGUUUCUGUAUCUGUUUGACAA